GAGAUGUCCCCAUCCUCUGUAUUCCCAGGACUGUACAGAGGAGAAUCACAGGACCCCACAGGAGGAUCAGGUAGAAAAUCUUUCUCGUAUAAAGGCAGAAGCUAUAAGGAGAGAAGAAGAGACGUAUGUGACUGAUAUAAAGGCUGAAGAUAUAGAGGAAGAAGAGGAGACGUAUGUGACUGAUAUAAAGGCAGAAGAUGUAGAUGGAGAAGAAGAGACGUAUGUGACUGAUAUAAAGGCAGAAGAUACAGAGGGAGAAGAAGAGACAUAUAUGACUGAUAUAAAAGCAGAAGAUAUAGAGGGAGAAGAAGAGACGUAUGUGACUGAUAUAAAGGCAGAAUAUAUAGAUGGAGAAGAAGAGACGUAUGUGACUGAUAUAAAGGCAGAAGAUCUAGAGGGAGAAGAAGAGAUGUAUGUGAUUGAUAUGAAGGUAGAAGAUACAGAGGGAGAAGAAGAGACGUAUGUGACUGAUAUGAAGGCAGAAGAUAUAGAUGGAGAAGAAGAGACGUAUAUGACUGAUAUAAAGGCAGAAGAUAUAGAGGGAGAAGGAGAGACGUAUGUGACUGAUAUAAAGGCAGAAUAUACAGAGGGAGAAGAAGAGACGUAUGUGAGGAGUGAUCAGCAGUGUAAGGAGGAGGAGAUCCCUACAGAUAUCAGCACAGAUGGGCACACAAGCAGGAACAUCUCAGAAGGACAUCUAAUGUUAUCCCUGGAUUCUGAAAUAACCGAUAACGACAGUAGACAGGAUUCUCCAGGAGCUAACCCCAUUACCCCAAUUAUACAUCCAGCUCUAUCAGCUGAUCCCCCUGAUCCUGGGAAAUGUUCUCCUGAUCACUCUGAUAUUGGUGCAUCUGUUACAGCUCUGACAGUAGAUACAGUGUUUCCCUGUUCUAUAUAUGCCAAAUGUUUUACACAGAACACAAAGCGUAUUACCAAUCAGACAGCUAAGGCAGGUGAGAGUCCAUUUCCAUGUUCUGAGUGUGGGAAAUGUUUUACAUAUAAAUCAUAUCUUGUUAGACAUGAGAGAAGUCACACAGGUGAGAAGCCAUAUUCCUGUUCUGAGUGUGGGAUAUGUUUUACACAGAAAUCAGCUCUUGUUAUACAUCAGAGAAGUCACACAGGUGAGAAGCCGUAUUCCUGUUCUGAGUGUGGGAAAUGUUUUGCACUGAAAUCACAUCUUGUUCCACAUCAGAGAAGUCACACAGGUGAGAAGCCAUUUUCCUGUUCUGAGUGUGGGAAAUGUUUUGCACACAAAUCAUAUUUUGUUAUACAUCAGAGAAGUCACACAGGUGAGAUGCCAUUUUCCUGUUCUGAGUGUGGGAAAUGUUUUGCACACAAAUCAUAUUUUGUUAUACAUCAGAGAAGUCACACAGGUGAGAUGCCAUUUUCCUGUUCUGAGUGUGGGAAAUGUUUUUCAUCGACAUCACAUCUUGGAAGACAUCAGAGGAGUCACACAGGUGAGAAGCCAUUUUCCUGUUCUGAGUGUGGGAAAUGUUUUUCAUCGACAUCACAUCUUGUUAUACAUCAGAGAAGUCACACAGGUGAGAAGCCAUAUUCCUGUUCUGAGUGUGGGAUAUGUUUUACACAGAAAUCAGCUCUUGUUAGACAUGAGAGAAGUCACACAGGUGAGAAGCCGUAUUCCUGUUCUGAGUGUGGGAAAUGUUUUGCACACAAAUCACAUUUAGUUAUACAUCAGAGAAGUCACACAGGUGAGAAGCCAUUUUCCUGUUCUGAGUGUGGGAAAUGUUUUUUAUCGACAUCACAUCUUGUUAUACAUCAGAGAAGUCACACAGGUGAGAUGCCAUUUUCCUGUUCUGAGUGUGGGAAAUGUUUUGCACACAAAUCAUAUUUUGUUAUACAUCAGAGAAGUCACACAGGUGAGAUGCCAUUUUCCUGUUCUGAGUGUGGGAAAUGUUUUUCAUCGACAUCACAUCUUGUUAGACAUCAGAGGAGUCACACAGGUGAGAAGCCAUUUUCCUGUUCUGAGUGUGGGAAAUGUUUUUCAUCGACAUCACAUCUUGUUAGACAUCAGAGGAGUCACACAGGUGAGAAGCCAUUUUCCUGUUCUCAGUGUGGGAAAUGUUUUGCACGGAAAUCAGUUCUUGUUAAACAUCAGCGAUUUCACAGAUGAGAAGCCAUUUUCAUGCUGUGAGAGAAAUAAAUCUGCUCUUGUUGAACAUAUUAGACAUUACCCAAGUACGGAACCAUUUACAUCUUCUGGAGUAUAAUUAUCACUGCCGUCCAAUGUUCCUCAAGGGUGAAUCCGAUCUCUUAUGCUUUAUAAAAUAUACAUGCUACCACUGGGUGAUAUAAUCAGACGUCAUGGCCUGGUCUACCACUGCUAUGCAGAUUGCCUGCUUUUUGCACCAUGUACUGAGAACCUAAUACCAAUCCUAAAUGGUUGUCUAGCUGAGCGCCUGGGGUUGAUGAUGCCAGUUGGCUGUGACUCGGUCUUUGUGAAACAUAAUAGAAGCUCACCAACAAAGGACAAGACUACAGCUUUACCAAC